GGCUGCAACAAAAUCUCCGCGUUUGACCUCAAGGUCGUUUACAUUGUGAUCAUGAUGUCGUGCCCGCUCAUUUCCAAGAAGCCGUGGGCGGAGGUGGUCAAGGCUGACGCCAUCACCAUCAACCAGAUGUUGAGUGCAUGCGCGAGCGAAGAUGAGCUUGAGGAUGCCAUCAUG